CUUGCAACUUUCUUAUCUCGGCAGCCUCUUUCUUUCUCUUUCUCUGAAUCAUCAUAAUAUUAAUUUUUUUCCCUCUUCACCUUUCAAAUUUUGGUUUCUUCAUCAUCACAUCUCCUGGUUUCUGAUCUGGGUUUUUUUUAUCUAUCAUUUCUAUCUGUUGUUUUCUCGGUAGUUCUUGAGCUCAAUUUGUGGUGGAUAGGAGAAGACAACGAAGGGGAGUAGCAAAUCAGCUCUCUUGAAUCAUUUUUACAUUCGUGUUUAUCAUCUUUUGAUGGGUUGGAUGGAAACAUAGAGCUUGAGCAUAUCAGAAGUGAAAAAAAAGUCAAUGGAAAGUUCUACCACAGCAGCUGUACCGAGUGUUUCUAAUGGUUCCACUAUGACACCGGAUUUGAGUAUAGAGAAUAAAGAGAAUUCUGAAGCUGUUGUUAAGGAAAUUGUAAUUAGUCCUUCCGAAGUUUCAAUCGCUCCGAUAUCUGUUUCAUCUGACACAUUAGAUGGACAAGUUAAAGACACACUUCAGGAAUUUCAUGGCGGGUCAAUUGCCGUGAAGGAUGCUUUGGUAAAUGAAGCAACAGCAUCAGAGGGGGAUGCUCCAGGCGCUCCUACGUCUUGUUUAUCUGAAACAUUAGAUGAGCCGUCAAAGGAUGUAGUUAACCAAUCGAAUGGUGUGAGCAUUGAUGAUGUUUUUGUAAAUGAUGUAACACCUUCUUCUAAUGCCUCCAGUGAAGUAACAAUAUCUGCAUUGGAUGUUAAUAAGAUUUUACAAUCCGACGAGCUUAAAAUGCAUCAGACGGUGGUGCCAAAUAAUACAGCACACAAGUCCAAUGUUCCGGGCUCAAAAGCAAAACCAACUGCAUUGCACAAGGCACUGGUGGAUACUGCAGCGCCGUUUGAAUCUGUUAAGGAAGCAGUAUCCAUGUUCGGAGGAAUUGUGGACUGGAAAGCACAUAAAGUUCAGAGUUUGGAGAGGCGCAAAAUUCUUGAACAAGAACUUGGGAAGGCGCAAGAGGAUAUUCCUGAGUACAAAAAGCAGUCAAAGAUUGCUGAAGACGCAAAGACCGAAGUACUGAAUGAGCUUGAUAGCACGAAGAGGCUUGUAGAAGAAUUAAAGCUGAAACUAGAAAGUGUUCAAAUUGAAGAACAACAGGCAAAACAAGACUCUGAACUCGCUUUGCUAAGAGUUGAAGAGUUGGAGCAGGGGGUUGGCGAUGAAGCUAGUGUUGCUGCCAAGGCGCAACUUGAAGUUGCCAAGGCAAGGCACGCUUCUGCAGUUAAAGAGUUGAUAUCCGUGAAAGAUGAGUCUGAAAAGUUGCGGUCAGAGUAUGCUUCUCUAGUUGCGGAAAAGGACAUAGCAGUUAAGAGAUCAGAGGAAGCUGUUUCUGCUUCCAGGGAAGUUGAGAAGACUGUAGAGGAACUGACAUUACAGCUAAUCACAACAAAGGAUUCCUUGGAAUCUGCGCAUGUUGCACAUCUCGAGGCAGAGGAACAAAGAAUCGGAGCGGCUAUGGCCAGAGAACAGGAUUCUCUCAAUUGGGAUAAGGAACUGAAAGAGAAAGAAGAGGAUCUAAAGAGGCUAAAUCAGCAGCUUUUAUCAGCAGAUGAUCUCAAAACAAAGAUGAAGUCUGCAACGACAUUGCUGCUCAAUUUGCAAACAGAAUUAGCAGCAUACAUGCAAGCAAAAUUGAACCAAGAAAACGGUGAAGUAGACGAGACCUCGAAAGAUGAGCUAGAGGAGUCUAAGAGUAACACACAUACAGGUUUACAAGCAACAAUUUCUUCUGCAAAGAAGGAGCUUGAAGAAGUAAAGCUUAAUAUCGAAAAAGCAACAAUCGAAGUAAAUCUCUUAAAGGUUGCUGCAGUGUCGCUUAAAUCAGAGCUUGAAAAAGAAAACUCAGCACUUUCAGCUAUGAAACAGAGGGAGGGAAUGGCAUCCGUAGUAGUUGCAUCUCUGGAAGCCGAACUAAACAGGAACAGGUCAGAAAUAGCCAUAAUUCAGAUGAGGGAGAAAGAAGCUCGAGACCAAAUGAUCGAGCUGCCAAAGAAAUUACAUCAAGCAGCUCAUGAAGCUGAUGAAGCCAAGUCACUAGCUAAAUUGGCUCAAGAAGAGCUGUGGAAAGCCAAGGAAGAGACAGAGCUAGCCAAGGCUGGAGUUAGUACCAUAAGAAGCAGAUUACUUGCCGCUCAAAAGGACAUAGAAGCAUCUAGGGCGUCAGAGAAGUUAGCCCUAGCAGCAGUGAAAGCCUUAGAGGAGAGUGAAUCAGCUGGUUUAACUGGUUCGGACGAGGCAUCUGGUGGUGUUACACUUUCACUUGAGGAAUAUUAUGAACUGAGUAAGAAAGCCCAUGAGGCCGAGGUGCGGGCUAAUAUGAAGGUGGAGGAAGCUUUCUCCCAAAUAGAUUUGGCUAAAGAAUCUGAAACAAGAAGCUUAGAGAAGUUGGAGGAAGUGAAUAAGGAAAUGAUUGCAAGGAAAGAAGCAUUUACAGUGGCAUUGGAGAAAGCAGAGAAGGCCAAGGAAGGGAAACUAGGUAUAGAACAAGAGUUGAGGAAGUGGAGAUCUGAACAUGAAUCCCAGCGCAAAAAGGCCAAUGAUUUAGCGGCUAGUCGGGGAGAAAUGCCAAAUCUUCCACCUAGAGCUCCAAGGAGGAGCUUCGAUGUGAUAAAAGACGUUAAAGAAGCAGAAGUCACUCUUCCUGCAAGGUCUCUCUCCAGCUCGAAAUUAUUUGCACAAGAAGAUUUCUCAGAAACCGAGUCUUCUCCAGAAGUAAUGUUGAAGAAGAAGAAAAAGAAGAGAUCAUUCUUUCCACGUCUGUUAUUGCUCCUGAGAAAGAAAUCAGAAACACCAGUGUCGGCGUAACUCUCACAUCCUGAUUGUAUGUAUACAUGUUUAUUGUUAUUGUGUUGUUGUUUCAUAAGAUGUUUAUGUGCUUCGGAGAGAAUAAUAUACUGCUGAAAGCUGAUCUGCCGAGAAAUAUGUGUAUUCUGUCCAUGUAUAGUUUCGAUUUGGAGCUAGGUUGUUUGUGUGUAUUGUUCAUGUAUAUUUUUGAUUCAGAGAUAGGUUGUGUGCAUUAAAUGAUCACUCGGAGUAGUAUGUAUGUUUGAGGUUGUACUAUAUUAUUCGCCGUAAAUGAAGAUUGAUUUUUGUUUAUUUA